UAUGUUGGCUUUCCCCACCACUCGUUAGACGCUAAGGAAGUUUGUCGUUACUGCUGUCGCCGUCAAUGCAAUUAAUUAUGCCAAAUCUGGCCACAUUGUUUACGAAGGAAAUCGAUAUAAACAUGGCGGUCAAGGUACGGCUUCAUUCAGCGUGAUUGAAAAUCAAGAUUAUAAUGGCUCAAAUUUUACAUUACGUAACGGAAAAGUGCAUUUCCAUCGAAGUGCAUUUUUUACAACGCUCAGUGUCAUCGUGAACGACAGUAAGAACGGGACGGAAAAUUCGGCGUUGAGCCUGUGUCCGACGAGUGAGAAAAGCAAACGAGAAAAGAACGGGUUGACGUUACGACACGACAAUCGCAAUUGAAGUCUCAACCGCGGCACACUGAAGCGUAAACAAUCACCAUGGCGAAGGAGAUGAUGAUAGUAUUUAUUUACGACACUGCAAGGUGUUGUAAAGAAGAUGAUAAUCCUGCAGAGGCAGUUAUGUAUUUCCAUCCAGCAUGGGUAUCUCUUACUCAGAGACUAGCUCUAGCAGGUCAAUUAAUGGCUAUUAAUCAAUUUCUUACAACCUCAUUUGCUACUCCAAGAUCGAUCACUUUACAAGGAGGAAAAUUUGUAUUAAAAAAGUUUGGACAGUACAUUCUUGCUGUGGGAACCGAUAGAAACAUUCAUGACUGGAUUUUAGAGAGACGUGCAAACACAUUAGAAUCAUUACUAAAAUUUUUUCAUUGUGACCUUAACAAGAUAUUGGAAUCAUUCAACAACGAUAGAAAUAAAUUUACAGAAAAACUAUAUCAAAUGUUUGAAACAUAUUUGCCAAUACUUCAAUACAGUGCCAAUCUUUUCUCCAAUAUUCCCAUUAUCAAACUUCCAAAGAGUGCUAGUAACAUAUUUUUAGAAGCAAUUCAGGUUUUACAAUAUUGUCAGGAAACUAAUGGUGUUAUGGGUGGUGCACUCUUUUAUAACAACAAGGUAGUUGCUACUCAACUAAGUGCAGAUUUGACUAAACAAAUUGUUAUAACCGAUCCAUAUAGAAUAAAGGCUCCUGCAGAGAGAAUAUCAACAGAAUUUCAUUUACCUAUAGGAGUGCAAUUAUUGCGAGUGUACAUAGAACAAAAGCAAUGUGCAAAACUUGUACAAGAGGCGAACAGUGAACGAUACUACAGUUCAUAUUUAGAUUCUGUCACAAGAAAGAUGUUACAAAGAAAGAGCAUUUCUAAGAACAGUAAGGAACUGCCUUUGUCUGGAAUGAAACGCGACACUUCUCGUAUUUUUACUGUACCUGAAGAAGGAGAAUUAGAUUCUUCACAGUACAACGAUAACAGUCAUUAUGUACCCUCCGUUCCACUUACAGCUUACAGUUCUCCAGUUAAACGCAAACAGGAAAGUAAAACAGACCGUCCCAAAUGUAUAAAUCCUUUAACUCCUAGUGUAUGCUCCACGCCCUUAAAAGAUAUAAAUAGAGUUUUGCACGGUAAUGCAAUGCUGAUUUGUAACACGGGCGAGGAUGGAAAUAUCGAAACAGAGGAGGAAAAGAAAGAAGUAAAAGCGAACGUAGAUGAUAUUCCAGACGUUGUUAAGGAAGCGCUUAGGUGUAAACGUUUAAAUAAAUUGAGAAACGUUACAUCGAACAAGAAGUUAGUUAAAAGAAGAGAAUUCAGUAAAAGAAGCUUGAGCAUGCAUGAUUUAGAAUCGUCCACGAAUUUCUAUUCCAAUCGAAUAUCGGUUAGAACGUACGGAUUAGGUUUACCGCAGGUAAAUAUAAACACAUCCCCCGAAUCUUCACCGCAAAAGAAACCCGCGUAUAAAAAGCAAUUCCAUACAAUUACUGAUCCUUGUUAUCCUGUAUUUCGAUGCGAUGGAUUACCAGUAUCUAAAUCAUUGUAUGACCAAUACAUAUCUUCACAUUACGAGGAGCUCACAGACGAUAGCAGUAAAACAAUUAAUCGUAAUGACUUCUUAGCAAGUUUCACGAGCAAUUGUAACGCUAAGAACGUAACAAACAACUGUGAUACCGCGAGCAAAGAUAAUUUUGAGAAGUUUAAUAAACCGCGCGAUAUAAAAUUGGAUAAUAAAACGAAACAGGAAACUUAUCGUAGAUCGAUGAGUCUUCCAUUGAAACCACUGAAUGUUACUGACAACGACGAUAGACGAAAAUCAACAUCAGAGUGUGGUAACACGUAUGAUUUUCUUCAAAAGAAGAAACUGGAUGGUUUGCAAUUAACACCGCUUAUGUCCAAGCUUAGUUUGCUUGCUGAUGAAAGAACCAGCGGUUUUUGUAGCAGGGAAACUACUCCAAACGAAUUUCGCGAUUUGUCCGGUUUUUCGGCAACAACAAAUCAAAUAAUCAAACAAAAAUUGGAAGCAGUUAACAAAGAAAUUGGUAGCGACGGCAAAGAUGAACUUGAAGAGUAUUGGAUCACUGCAUACAAAGAUGAAGUUUGCCUUGAGAAAACAGAAUUAUUUUUGUGUGGGCAUCAAAAUAUGGUGCUGGUGUUGUUAAUGGAAAAUGGUACUGCUAAUAAUCCUGAUCUUAUACACACUCUUUGGCAGACUUGUGUGAGCACAUUAGGAAAGCUUGAAACAAGGCUGCAACAGUGUCUGGAGCCUCUACCAUCGAAUGAAAACAAAGAAUUGUAUAGUAUUUUAAGUAUCGAUCCGCAAUGGGAUACAAUAAACCGUUCUGGACUCUGGGGUGUCACUGAAUUGGAUAUUGUUUCUUGCCUUCACGAUAGAUUCACGCAUGCUAGCAAUCUCACGGACAUCAUUGUCAGAACAGAGGAUACUGUUGUUUAUGGUAACCAGUGUGGAAACAUAGAAGUAUUUUAUCAACAAGCAGUGGCAUCAGAUACUACUGGAGGACUUCCAACUCCUGCAGAUUUAAUGGGAAUUGUGUCUCUUAAAGCAAAACGUAGACUGGAAAGAGAUCAUGGAAUUGUAUUAUUAUAAAUUUAUAAUUAUUCGCAAAUGCUUCCACUACCAUAUUAUUAACAAUUGA